AUGUUCAGAAAGAUCCACUCCAUCCUCCACCUCAGCCCACAGGGGAAGGCGGCAGCCGAGGGCCCCUACUACUCGGGAGCCACCCCCACCGUCAGACUGAUUCGUAGUAGCUCCAUGUACGUAGUUGGGGACCACUUGGAGAAGUCCAGCGAGUCUUUGAAGAAGUACAGAAGCACCCACAGCAUGGACACCAGCCUGCACUACCUGCAGCAGGAGGACCGUGCCUGGAUGUACUCGCGCACCCAGGACUGCCUGCAAUAUCUUCAGGAGCUGCUGGCCCUGCGCAAGAAGUAUCUCAGCAGCCUGAGUGACCUGAGGCCUCGGCGCGCACCGGGUGCUGGGUCCACAUCCUCCAAGUCCUCCAAGGGAGCACAAAGGACCCCAGGAGAAGGCUCUCCAAGGUCUAUUAAAAAAGCAACCUCAAAGAAAUACUCCCAGUUCAGCACCGAUGUGGCCGAGGCCAUCGCCUUUUUUGACUCCAUCAUUGCAGAGCUAGAGACAGAAAAACGGCCAAGGACUGCUGAGGCUGACCUGCUAAAUGAAGACGUGGACUUUGAUGUGGCAACCAGCUCACAGGAGCACAGCUUGCACUCCAACUGGAUUCUUCGGGCACCACGCAGACAUUCUGAGGCCAUCGCUGCUCACGCCACUACAGACAGUCGGUUUCGAAGGAGUACAGAGCACAGGGUCACUGGCACCCAGAGGAGGCUUGAAAGACACCCCAUUUACCUACCCAAGGCUGUGGAAGGGGCAUUCAACACCCUGAAAUUUAAGCCCAAAGCCCACAAAAAAGACCUGAGGAGCUCCAGACAGAUCCUCUGCAGCAUCUCGAGAGAAGACAUGGAGUGGGAUGAGGAACUCUUUACACACGAGUCCUCAGGGUCUUUGGAGGAGGAUCAUUUUGAGGCAGAGAAUCCCAAAGGGCAAUGGCUGAUUCGAGAAAGACUCUGGGAGCGGACAGUGCCCUGA